AUGCAAAUGCUACAUAAAAAUCGCAAACCUUGGACUAAGACAGAAAAAAAAUUGGCAUUAUCAAUAUACUAUAAAUCUCCUUCAACUUACAAAUAUAUGAGAAAACAAGGUGUUGUAUUACCCGGCGAAAGCACAGUGCGGCGAUGGUUGAAAUCAAUAGAAUACACUCCGGGAUUUAUUAAUGAUUAUUUAAAUGAAAUAAAAACAAAAGUAUCUGCUAUGUUGUAUACUGAUAGGAAAUGUGUAAUAUUACUGGACGAAAUGUCAAUACUAAAAUGUAUUGAAUAUAAUAAAGCACUUGAUAUGAUAGAAGGAUUUGAGGACUUGGGUCCACUAGGCCGUUCACCAAAUUAUGCAAAACAUGCUUUAGUUAUCAUGGUUAGAGGCCUAUAUAAAAAUUGGAAGUUUCCAUUAUGUUACUUUUUAAGUGGCAACGGUGUUAGUGGAAAUGAACUUGUAAAUUUAAUAAAACAAAGUUUAAAACAGAUUUUAGAUAUUGGAUUACUACCAACAAGUAUUGUAUGUGACCAGGGGUCACAAAAUCGUAAACUAUUUUCUUUACUUGGAGGUACUGAACUUAAUCCAUUAUGUACAAUUCAUGAAUUUAUCAAUCAUAAUUCUUCUGAACAAUCGUAUUGUAGUGAUACUUCUGACACUAGUGACACUGAUAAUAUUGAACAACUUGAAAGAAAUUUAUACAUUUCUAAUGAUGAAGUGUUUGAGCCAGCAGAUGUUCAAAUUGCAAGGUGGGCUAUAAAACAUAAAAUUACGAAUGCUGCUACUUCGGAUUUGUUAAAAAUUUUAUAA